GUCGAGUUCCAGCUGUUGUCGGGAUCGGAGGACGUCAGCAGUCACCAACGAUCAUCGUGAAAAAACGAUAUAUUUUUCUACUAAAUUAUUUUUAAAACAAAUGGUGCACAUACAAUGGCGAUUGUCGUUUCUACAAUGAAUAAACUAUAUAUUAAUGUUUCGUUUUAUUAAUUUAAAUAGAAAAAAGUGUAAUAGAUAUAUUCCUAGUUGCUACUUAAUUUAUAAAGUUGAAAAGCUAGAUAAACAAUGGCUGAUAAAAGUAAGAAAUUAUCACGUUGGUAUUUUGGUGGUGUUUCUUCCGCAGCUGCUGCAUGUGUGACUCAUCCUUUGGAUUUACUGAAGGUCCAUUUGCAAACUCAGCAAGAAGGCAAAUUAUCAAUAGUACGUUCGACUUUUGGAAUAAUUGAAAAACAGGGAAUAUUAGCUUUAUAUAAUGGACUUAGUGCUUCCUUACUUCGCCAACUUACUUAUUCUACAAUAAGAUUUGGUGCUUACGAGGUCGGCAAACAAACAUUUGAAACACCUGACUAUCCACUACCUUUUUAUCAAAAACUCUUACUGGCUGGAGUUUCCGGUGCUACAGGCGGUGUUUUUGGGACUCCCGGCGAUGUGAUUAAUGUACGCAUGCAAAAUGAUAUCAAAUUAGCACCAGAAUUAAGAAGAAAUUACAAACAUGCUUUGGAUGGAUUGUUUCGUGUAAUUCAGCAAGAAGGUAUUCGACAAUUGUUUAGUGGAUGUUCGACCGCGACCAUGAGAGCAGCGCUGAUGACUAUCGGUCAAUUGAGUUUUUACGAUCAAAUUAAAACAAUGUUGUUACAGACUGGUUAUUUCCAAGAUAAUCCUUCAACGCAUGUCUUAUCCAGUGUAUCGGCUGGCGCUAUUGCAACAACGCUAACGCAACCUUUAGAUGUUCUAAAAACACGAGCAAUGAACGCUAAGCCUGGAGAAUUUAAAAAUCUAAUGGAACUUUUCUUAUAUACUGCCAAACUUGGACCACUAGCUUUUUUUAAAGGCUAUGUACCUGCAUUUAUUCGAUUAGCACCGCAAACAAUUCUCACAUUUGUAUUCCUUGAACAACUUAGAUAUAAUUUUGGCUUCUAUCCACAAUCUGUGAAACCGUCAUCGUAAAUCUUAUUGAUUUUGACAAAUAGAAUACAACAAUGAGAUAUUGAAAUUAAUUCUUUACACAAUGUGUUAUAUAAACAAAAAAGUGUCAAAUCUUUCUACAAAUUUGAACAGACGGUUUUGUUUGUAUACAGAACAAAAUGUGCAACAAAACAAAUUGAUUCAUUUAAUCAUUCGCACACAUUUAAUCAAGCUUUGAUUUAAUUAGAUAUUAUAAAUUUGUUUCUCAGAGACAAAUUUUGAUCACAAGUUAUCUUCCAGUCAAUACAUUCCUUAUAUUAUUUGUAAUA